CAAUGGUCCAAGUCGGACCGAAACGUCGUCGUAAGCUUCUGUCUUUUAUAAAAUUUCACGACCAACUUAAGAGCAUCCUUAUGGCAGACACAUCUUCAGGAUGCUCUCAGGUUCUUGGCAUCCUUUUGCUGCUGACGGCGACGCUGACGAACGCUGACCUUAGCUUAGUAACCACUGAAGGGGAGUUUGUCAUCAGCUUCGAUGGUAAUGAGGUGUUCCAUCAUACCAUCGUGGACCCCAUCAUCUGGGUGGGAUAUGGGAGCACCAACUUCACCGAGUCUCUAGGCAACUUCGAGGUGGAGGAUGAGGUGCUGACGAAGGUGCCCCUCGUGCAGUUCGAGGUGGCAGACAACUCUCCAGAUUUAAUCACCUUGCAUCUGCAGCCAGCCGAGUCUGACACUGUCGAUAUAACGUUGGUCGUGAAAGUAGACUCACAGGCCGACGACUCUCCGUCAGUGUUGAUGCACACAGAGUACAGCAUCGACAACAACACCUUCAACCGCAUAUGGGUGAGAUUCUCCGCCGAGCAAGACGAGCAGGUGUGGGGAGGUGGGGAGCAGUACACGUACCUCAACCUGAGGGGGCAUUACUUUCCCAUCUGGACGAGCGAGCAAGGAGUGGGGAGAGACGGGGGGAUAAUAGCCAACAUAUCUGACCUAGAUGGAGGUGCUGGAGGUCACUACUACACUACCUACUGGCCCCAGGCUUCCUUCCUCUCCUCCAGGAGAUACUCCAUCAUCAUCUCCAGUUACAGUUAUAUGGUAUUGAACUUCACGGAAGAGGCGAGGCACGAAGUGUACAUUCACAGCCUUUUCUUCGACGCUACCAUGGUAUGGGGGUCAAGUCUCUUGAAGACUGUACAAGUUGUCACCACCAGACUGGGUCCUCAACCACUCCUUCCAGACUGGAUCCUCACUGGCACCUGUCUGGCUCAGCAGCGUGGCACCCAGGAGAUGCUGUACUACUACGAGUUGGCUAAGACUGCUGGAGUGAACGUGACGUCCCUCUGGAUCCAAGACUGGUCGGGGACCACGGAGACUUUCUUUGGUCAUCGAGUCUACUGGAACUGGCGCUGGAAUCAGACGUAUUAUCCAGACCUGAACGUGACGAUACAAGACCUGCUCGAGGAAGGCGUGCGAGUUAUGGCCUACAUCAACCCUCACCUCAUAGAAGGCAGCGACAUGUUCUUGGAGGCUGCUUCCCUCGGCUACCUCAUGAGGGACGCCGACGGGCAGCCCUACAGGCAGGACUUCGGCGGGUUCCUUGCAGGCACGAUAGAUCUCUUCAACUCGGAGGCCAAAGACUGGUACAGAGACGAGAUGAUCAGGAACAUGGUGGAACUGGGACUAGGUGGAUGGAUGGCAGACUUCGGAGAAUACACUCCACUAGAUAUGCUCACUUCUGAUCCCCUCCACGACCUUGAGGCUGAAGAACGCCACAACCAGCUGCCGGUGCAGUGGGCCAGCUGCAACAGGGAGGUGCUGGAGGCGUCUGGCCAGCUGGGGCAUGUAGUGCCCUUCAUGAGGUCUGGAGGCCUGGGGUCCUCGAAGUACCAGGUGCUGGCGUGGGCAGGAGACCAGAAUGUGGAUUGGUCUCUGGGUGAUGGAGUAGCUUCGACUGUCAUAGCUGCGUUGAACCUGGGUAUGAGCGGGAUGGGCAUCACCCACUUCGACAUAGGCGGAUACACAACAAUGCCUCCACUGAUGGUGAGAAGCAAGGAACUCUUCCUCAGGUCUGCUGAGUACGCUGUCUUCACUCCUGUCAUGAGGACACAUGAGGGAAACAAACCAGAGGCCAACCACCAGUACUACUCUGACGAGGACACACUCUUCCAAUUCGCUCGUCUUACGCAGAUACACUCUAGACUGCUUCCUUAUACCAGGUCUCUGAUACAGGAACUCUCUACCGCAGGUACGCCGGUACAGCGGCCCCUGUUUCGAUUUGAGGAGGAUGCCGGUUCGUGGGACAUUAUGUACCAGUAUCUGUAUGGUCCUGACCUGCUUGUGGCCCCCGUCAUACAUAAGGGCCAGGAGACGCAGACGGUGUACUUACCUGGAGGAGGGUCUGGUUGGGUGUACUUCUGGGAAGUGACGGAAGAGGCGGUGGUUAGGACCUGUCACUGUCACAGUCCCCGUCCCAUGGGCUACCCUGCUGUCUACUACAGGAAGGACUCUCCCUGGCAGCCACUCUUUCAGGAAAUCGCACAAGAGUUCGGCCUGGCUACAGAGGGGACAUCGGUGCUCAAAUCCACAGCUGUUCCUGUAUUUUAAGGGAUUGUUUAUGGAGAGAGAACUGGAAACCCUAUCAAGAAUACAAAUGCACAAUACCGUGACUGGAACAAUUCCGUGAAUGGUACAAUACCGUGACUGGAACAAUACACAAACAACCCGCACAU